CCUUUCCGUGAUCACACUAAUCGUAGAUGUACAUGGAGCUCGCAAUUUUACGUAAAUCUUCCAUCAAGAUCCACUCGCCUUUUCUGAUUUUUGCUGUUACUUUACAGAAAUCGAACCAAUACUGGGAAAAAUAGCUUCUUCUGGAUUCAAAAUUUUCGAUUUUUUUGCUCGAAAAGAGAAUCUCCACUGAAAGUCUGAUUAAAUAAUCAACUGAUGAUAUGAAAGAUCUGGCUUCGACCUUACGAGCCAACAAUGGGGGUAUUAGUCGGAGGAUAUCUGUUGUCAUUGCUACUAUUUACAGCUGCUUUACUGAAUUGGAGUUUGAUCUCUCUUGGGAACUUGCUAGGUUCUCUACUUAUUCUAUUCGUUCAUCUGGAAAGAGGAUUUCACUCAAAGGGGAGAGUAGUACUAUGGGGUAUUGUUGUUUACUCACUUGUUGUUAUCCUUUCACAAUUGACUUUUCUUUUAGCAUGGGCCAUUUGGUGUGGAAGAUGCAGUGCAGAAGAACCUGUGUGGGCAAAGUUUAUAGGAUUCAUGAUAAUCAAGAGACCAAGAUCACCAAAAAUAAUUUAUUAUUUGAUCUUGCAACUAUUAGCAGCAUUCACUGCUACGACUGAACUCCAUGAAAUCAGAUUAGGCUUGUUUACAUGGUCAUCUUCAUUUUUGGGGGAUCUUGCAGAAGCCAUAGAGCGAAUAGGCUCGCAUGUGAAGGUUGCUUUCUUCUUGCUGUUGCCUGCUGUUCAGUUGGUUGUGGGUAUCAGCAACACUUCUUGGGUUUCUUUACCAUUUUUCGUUUCUAGCUGUGUGGGUCUUGUGGAUUGGUCAUUAUCGAGCAACUUUCAUGGUGUCUUCAGGUGGUGGAGAGCUCUUUGGCUAUACGCGGGAUUCAAUAUUAUCUUUCUGUAUAUGUAUCAGCUCCCCACAAGAUCACCGAAUAUGAUAGGUGAUUUCAUCGGCCUAUACAGAAUUUCUUCCGAAUCUGAUUGGACAGAAAUUUGUUCUGGUCUUUCGCUGAUCAUAUAUUUCUUCGGGUUAUCUUUUGUCAAACUUGACUUGGAGGAAAUGAAUUUGAUCAUGUCCAUGAGAGAAGGCAACUUGGCUGAACAUCUUCUCCCAUCUACAAAUUCUUUUUUCAUCCGUGAAUCAAGAUCUGGUGAACGAGACACCAAUGUUUUACUAAGAGGUGCAGUUUUUCGGACAUUCAGCAUCAAUUUCUUUACCUAUGGUGCCCCAGUGUCCUUGUUUGCUCUUUCCUUAUGGAGCUUCUAUUAUGCAAGUGUGUGUGCAUUUGGGUUACUUGGAUACGUCGGCUACAUUAUAUUUGUGUUCCCAUCCUUGUUCCGUUUGCACAGACUAAACGGGCUGCUCCUUGUCUUCAUUCUGUUUUGGGCUGUCAGUACAUAUAUUUUCAAUGUAGUUUUCUCACACCAGAAUGGGAAGCUUGGAAAGGACACACAGGUUUGGGAAAUGGUGGGGUUGUGGCAUUAUCCAUUUCCUGGUUUCUUUAUCCUUGCUCAGUUUUGUCUUGGAUUUUUAGUUGCCCUUGUUAACCUUGUCAACAACUCUGUUUUCCUCUACCUCUCUGAUGAGGUCCCCAGUACGUCUGAUGGAGACUCUACCCCUGAAGUUAAAGAAGAAACAAAAGUGCUGAUUGUAGCCACAAUCGCUUGGGUGCUUCGCAAAUGUAACCGAGCAAUCAUGCUAGUGCAAAUAUUUCUCAUUGCAAUGAAGCCUGGUUUCAUCCAUGCUGUAUAUAUGAUAUUCUUUUUUCUGUAUUUAUUGAGCCACCGCAUCAGCCCGAGAGUGCAAGGCGCCUUACUUCUUCUGUGUGAGAUUCAUUUCGCAAUCUUGUACACUCUUCAGAUAAAUCUUGUCUCUGGGGCCUUGAGGAAAAGUGACACUAUAAGUUGGGCAAUUUUAUCUCAGUUAGGUCUCCUUGAAUGUGAUAGCACCUGGGAUUUUGUGGAAAUAGCUUUGCUUGCAGGUUUCUGUGCCAUUCAGAAGCAUGGUCACAAAGUUUUGUUUUCUUUCUCAGCAAUUGUGCAGCACACACCUCGCCCUCCCAUUGGAUUUAGUAUUUUAAAAGCUGGUCUGAAUAAAUCAGUUUUGUUAUCUGUUUAUGCUGUUGCAAACUCUACACACAUAGAUGAUAACCCCUCCCAAGAGAGAAAAGUGGCAUCAUAUCUCAGUGCAAUAGGGCAGAGGUUUCUAUCGCUAUAUCGUUCAUUUGGCACUUACAUCGCGUUUGUAACUAUACUUAUCACAGUCUACAUGACUCCACCUAAUUACGUGUCAUUUGGGUACCUUUUUCUUCUCCUUUUCUGGAUUACUGGCAGACAACUUGUUGAGAAGACAAGAAAGCGUCUAUGGUUCCCAUUGAAAGCAUAUUCAAUCGUGAUGUUUAUUCUCAUCUAUAUUUUGAGCAUCUUCCCAAGUUUUGAGGGAUGGAUAUCCACAAAAGUUGAUCUUUAUAAAUACCUUGGCUACAAUUCAGAAGCAGCAGUAUUUGAAAACGUUUCGGAAGCAUUAGCAAUAACAAUCGCAAUGCAACUUUAUAGCUAUGAGAGGAGACAAAACAGGUAUCCUAACUUAGAGGACACAAAUCGGCUCCAGUUUGGGGUGAUUGGGUUUAUUAGAAGGCUUCUAAUAUGGCACAGUCAAAAAAUAUUGUUUGCUGCUAUGUUCUACGCAGCAAUAUCUCCAAUAAGUGCAUUCGGUUUUCUCUAUCUUCUUGGCACUGUCUUCUGCUCAAUUUUACCAAAAGCUUCCCGGAUCCCAUCAAAAUCAUUUUUGGUUUACACGGGAUUUCUCGUGACAUCAGAGUAUUUAUUCCAGUUGUGUGGGGAACAAGCUUCAAUGUUUCCUGGCCAAAAACACUCUGCUUUUUCCAACUUUCUAGGGUUAAAGGUGUAUCAGCCUGGAGCUAGAGGUUUAGAAGCAGGGUUGAGGGCUAAGGUACUGGUCAUUGCUGCAUGUACCCUUCAGUAUAAUGUGUUCCAUUGGUUAGAGGUGCUUCCCAGUUGGCUUUCGGGUGUAGGUCAAUGGGAAGAGCCUUGCCCAUUGUUUUUCUCUCAAGAAGAUGUGUUACCAGUUGCCUCGAUUCCAGAUGAGGAUAAUGUUUUUUCAUCUAUUAAAAAGAUGGGGUUGAGAAGCAUCAACUCUUGGCCAGCAAACAACCAAGAAUCAUCUGGUGAUUCAGGUACCAAGAAUAAUAACAGAAGAUACAUGCUUGGGUAUUUUUGGGGACAGGUUAAUGAGAACCAUAAAUGGAAAAAGAAGCAGGUUCUUUUCUUAAGAAAAGAGAGAUUUGAAAUGCAGAAGACUUCCUUAAAGAUAUACUUAAAGUUUUGGAUGGAGAACAUGUUCAUCCUCUUUGGCCUUGAGAUUAACAUGAUCGCAUUGCUUCUUGCGAGUUUUGCUCUUCUUAAUGCCAUUUCUCUGCUGUAUAUCGCAUCACUUGCUGCUUGUGUUGUGCUUGGCCGACAACUAGUACAAAGAUCAUGGUCAUUAUUUGUUGUCCUGUUUGCUAGUGUUCUUUUACUUGAAUAUUUUGCCAUUUGGAAGACUGAAAGGCCUUUAAGUGAAUUUGGUGAAAGUGACAACACCUUACACUGCCAUGACUGCUGGAGGACUUCGGAAUUUCAUUUCAGCUAUUGCCGUCGCUGCUGGCUAGGACUUACUGUUGAUGACCCAAGAGUGCUGAUCAGUUACUUCAUAGUCUUCAAGUUUUCAUGUUUCAAGCUGCGAGCCGAUCGAUUCUGUAGUUUCUCAGGAUCAUACACAUAUCGCCAAAUGAUUUCUCAACGCAAGAAUGCGUUUGUUUGGAAAGACCUUUCGCUUGAAACCAAAACCAUCUGGACUCUUCUUGACUAUUUAAGACUAUACUGCUACUGCCAUCUGUUGGAUCUUGUGCUCGCCUUAAUUUUAAUCACCGGAACUCUCGAAUACGAUAUAUUACACCUUGGAUAUCUCGCUUUUGCUCUAAGUCUUUUCCGACUCAGACUUACAAUACUAAAGAAAAAGAACAAGAUCUUUAAGUGGUUGCGGAUAUACAACUUUGCUGUCAUUGUUCUCUCUCUUGCCUAUCAAUCACCAUUCGUGGGUGUUUUUAACGAGGGGAAAUGUGAAACCAUAGACUAUGUUUAUGAAGUUAUCGGAUUUUAUAAGUAUGACUAUGGAUUCCGGAUUACCUCAAGGUCUGCUUUGGUUGAGAUUAUCAUCUUCAUUCUGGUGUCAUUGCAGUCAUACAUGUUUUCCUCUCCAGAGCUAAAUUACGUAUUCCAAUAUCUCGAAGCUGAGCAAAUUGGUGCGAUUGUACGCGAACAAGAGAAGAAGGCUGCAUGGAAAACUGAGCAGUUGCAGCAUAUUCGUGAAGACAAAGAGAAGAAACGCCAGAGGAACAUGCAAGUGGAGAAGAUGAAAUCCGAAAUGCUAAACUUACAGAUCCAGCUUCACACUACGUGUCCUGCUCAUGAACAUACUCAUGAUGAUUCACCUCGUAACGAAGGGCUACGAAGAAGGAGAGCUGUCUCUUUAAAUACCGAUUAUACCACUCAGUGUGUUGUUGUUAAUAAAGAAGAAGAUAAUCUCAAGAAACAUGCGUCGGAUAUUAAUAUGGAGAUGCCAUUACCAUUUGAAUUCCAUGGAACCGAAAGUUUACCUGCAUUCGAGUCGCCAGAAAACUCGCAUCUUAUUGAAGUUGCUGAGUUUGAUGAGGAUAUCGCAGAGAUGGAGAAGAAAGGUAAAGGGCCUAUGAAAGAAAGCACAUUGAUAUCUGCUGUACAGUUGAUAGGUGAUGGUGUUUCUCAAGUACAGUCGAUUGGAAAUCGGGCAGUUUCCAACUUAGCAAAUUACUUAAAUAUCCCUCAAGAAGACUUAGAUUCGGAUGACCCGACUUCGUUAUCACCCACUGGUAAAAAUAGUGAGACAGAAAGCCAAAACGAGAGUCACAUAGCUUCGAAUCGUUCAUCUUCUUUGCAAUCUGAAAGAAGUAGAACUGGUUCUGAGUCAGCUAGUUGUGGGAUAAUCUUUCAACAUAUAUGGGGACAGAUGCAAUCGAAUAAUGACAUUGUCUGCUACUGUUGCUUCCUUCUUGUCUUUCUUUGGAACUUUAGCCUGCUUUCCAUGGUGUAUCUUGCAGCUCUCUUCUUGUAUGCUCUUUGUGUGAACACCGGACCUAGUUACAUCUUCUGGGUUGUAAUGCUGAUCUACACGGAGUUCUAUAUUUUGAUUCAGUAUGUGUAUCAAAUCAUCAUCCAACAUUGUGGGAUCACUAUCGAUUCUGUCUCUCUUCCGGAAUGGGGGUUUCCUACAAACAGAAUAACCUCUUCAUUCGUUGUCAGUUUGUUGCCACUAUUUCUAGUUUAUCUAUUUACCCUCAUUCAGAGCUCUAUAACUGCCAAAGACAGCGAAUGGAUUUUCGCAACCGAGUUCAGCAACUUCACAGGGAGAAUCGUCAACCCUAAGGAGGUUCUUUUUAGUUCAAGUUGGAGAGAGAACACACAAAAGGUUCUUCAGAUUGUAAAAAAUAUUGCUAAACUGAUCAUCGGGAACUGUGUUAAUUACUGGAAAUCACUGACACAAGAAGCAGAAUCCCCCCCGUAUUUUAUCCAGUUAUCAUUAGAUGUUCAUUCAUGGCCGGAAUACGGGAUUCAACCAGCAAGGGUAGAAUCGGGAGUCAACCAAAUGCUUAGAUUUGUACAUAAUUCAAAAUGCAAGAUAUCAGACCCUGACACUUGCUCUUAUGCAAGUACUGUCCAAGUACGUAGCAUUGAAAAGAGUAAAGACAGCCCAAAUGUGGCAUUGGCGGUUUUUGAAGUCACGUAUGCAUCACCAAGGGAGGAAUGUAUUAUGGCUGAAAAUUACAAGUCUCUCACUCCUGCAGCUGAUGUGGCUAAGGAGAUAAUAGAAGCAGAAGAUGCUGGUCUUUCUAAACAUUUUGGAUUUCCUUAUUGUAUUGUAUCCGUAAUAGGGGGAGGAAAGAGAGAGAUCGAUCUAUAUGCCUACAUAUUCGGUGCGGAUUUGGCUGUUUUCUUUUUGGUAGCCAUUUUCUACCAGUCUGUUAUAAAGAAUAAAAACGAAUUUCUAGAUGUUUAUCAGCUGGAAGAUCAGUUUCCAAAGGAGUUUGUGUUCAUCUUGAUGGCUAUCUUCUUCUUGAUCGUGCUAGAUCGCGUUCUAUAUCUGUGUUCAUUUGCGACAGGGAAAGUGAUAUUUUACAUAUGUAACCUUGUAAUUUUUACAUACUCAGUGACGGAGUAUGCCUGGAGCAUGGAACCUUCACAACACCAUGCAGCAGGUUUAGCAUUGCGUGCAAUAUAUCUUACUAAAGCCAUCUCUUUGGCCCUUCAAGCCAUGCAAAUACGAUCAGGGGUUCCUCAUAAGAGUACUUUAUAUAGGCAGUUUUUGACUAGCAGCAUUACUAGAGUUAAUUAUUUGGGUUACCGACUCUACCGUGCACUCCCUUUCCUCUAUGAAUUAAGAUGUGUUCUUGAUUGGUCAUGCACCACCACAUCUUUGACCAUGUAUGACUGGCUCAAGUUGGAGGACAUAAAUGCAAGUUUGUACCUUGUCAAAUCUGAUGCAGUUCUGAACAUGGCCGGUCGUAGACAAGGAGAGAGGCAGAAGAAAGUUACUAAAUUUUGCAAUGGCUUAUGCUUAUUCUUUAUAUUAAUCUGUGUCAUAUGGGCUCCUAUGCUUAUGUAUAGUAGUGGUAACCCGACAAACAUAGCGAACCCUAUUAAUGAUGUAAGUGUUCAGUUUCACAUAAAGACAAACGGUGGACGAUUGAUGUUAUACGAGACAACUCUAUGUGCAAUUACACCAUGGAACGUGUUGAAACCUUCAGCUAAUCUUGAUCCCAAUAAUUACCUGGAUUCUUAUAAUGUGGAUGAUAUCCAAAUGAUAUGUUGCCAAGCCGAUGCCAUUAGUUUGUGGCUUGUCCCUGAUGCCAUUCAAAGAAAGUUCAUUCAGUCUCUUGAUAUGGCCAUGGAUAUGAAAUUUUCUUGGGUGCUGACUCGAGACAGGCCUAAGAACAAAGAAGUUGUAAAAUAUGAACAAACUAUACAACGCUCAGAUCUUCCCACACCUUCAGAACUUGAGCAGGUUCUUAACGGUUCCACCAAUAGCUUUAGGAUAAAUAACACUUAUCCAAGGUAUUUUCGGUUGACUGGUUCCGGGGAUGUCAGACUCUUCGACCAAAAGGCAGGUGGAGUGGAUGCGAAGCUUCUCCUGCAUCGUGGGAGUUCAGAAUGGUGGUCAUUUUACGAUAUUGAUUGGUUGAAUUCAAGUGCAUGUGGAGAUUUGAUGGGGCCCAUGGCCAUUGUAGUGUCAGAGGAAACGCCACAGGGUCUUCUUGGUGAGACGUUGAGCAAAUCGAGUAUAUGGGGUCUCUACAUUACCUUUGUAUUAGCAGUUGGUCGCUUCAUAAGGCUUCAGUGCUCUGACUUGAGAAUGAGAAUUCCAUUCGAGAACCUUCCUUCUUGUGACAGAUUGAUUGCCAUUUGUGAGGAUAUAUAUGCUGCUAGAGCUGAGGGCGAACUGGUAGUUGAAGAGGUCUUGUACUGGACAUUGGUAAAAAUAUACAGGUCACCGCAUAUGCUGCUAGAGUACACCAACCCUGAAGCCUUUUAAGAAAUCACAAAAAAGGGUUUUGCAACUUGAAGAAUGGACAUGAGGAGGGAUAAAGUUGACUUGCUUUUGAACAAAUAUAAAGUCCCCAAACCUGACUUGGAGUGCAGGUGUUGUAUCAUAAUCAAGUAGGGCUGCAAACAAGUCAAGCAUUUUGUCUGAUAAUUCGAGCUUCAGUACGUAGAAAUAUGAGCUCAAAACGAGUCGAGUUCGAGUUUAUAACAACUCGACUCAUCGAGCUCUUCAAGACCUGAGUUAACAUGUAUGUACUUAAAGGUCGGACAUUUUUUGGUGUAUAUUUGUGGGCUUGCUCAUUUUCAAGUUAUUCGACCUUGCUUUAAUGCGCCAACAAUAUAAUUCUUGCGGAUAUUUCAGACCAUUUGAGCU